AUGGAGCUCAAGGAGCAAGAACCUCGCGACCCUCGCGACCCUCGCAUCAUGAACCAGGAAAAGAUGAAGGGGUCGACCUUUCCUACUGUUUUGCGAUCAGCUCUAGAGCAUGCACUCCAAUUCCUCGAGGGGCUCGAGACGAACUCCGUUCGCCCUAUGGCCUCUCUUCCCGACCUUCGUCGCCGAUUAACCAAACCGCUGCCGGACAACCCAACAGAUGCAAAACAGGUCCUUGAUGAAUUAAUGGCCAGUACGGAGGGAGGAAUCAUGGGCAAUGCCGGAGGUCUCUUUUUUGCCUGGGCCAUAGGAGGCACUCUUCCCGUCGCCCUCGCGGCAGAUUGGCUUACAUCCACGUGGAAUCAAAAUGCAGCUCUAUCGGAUUGCAGCCCUGCAGCGGCCGUGACGGAAGAAGUGUGUGGGAUGUGGCUUAAAGAGCUUCUAGGCUUGCCAUCUUCAGCUAGCUUUGCUCUUGUUUCAGGUUGUCAAAUGGCGCACACCACCUGUCUCGCGGCCGCAUGCAACGGCCUCUUGGCCCGAUAUGGCUGGGACCAUGAGCUUGAUGGACUUGCGAGCGCGGCUCCUCGUAUUCGGGUAUUGAGUAGCGGUCAAAGGCAUGGUUCUAUUGAUCGAUCAGUCCGUUUGCUCGGAAUGGGGAGCCGAUGUGUGGUGGAGUUGGCGGCCGGGGAAAAUGGCAGUCUUGCACCGGUAACACUAAAUGAAGCUUUGGCGGAGUAUUCUGACGGACCUGUGAUCGUGGUGUUGCAAGCUGGUGAUCUGAACAUCGGAGCCUACGACCCGUUCUCUGAGCUCAUUCCUCUAGCUCACCUCUGGGGCGCCUGGGUUCAUAUUGAUGGCGCAUUCGGGCUCUGGGCGGCAGCAAGUCCGACCCAUCGCCAUCUGCUGGCGGGAGCCGAGCAAGCGGACUCCUGGGCCACCGACGGCCAUAAGUGGCUGAACGUGCCGUACGAUUCUGGAUAUGCUUUUGCAGCCCACUCGGAGGCUCACCGGAAUUCAAUGUCAUAUCGCGCGAGUUAUCUCACACAUCAUGCAGAUGCUCGUGACCAAAUCGAUUGGAAUCCGGAAUGGUCCCGACGGGGUCGAGGUUUUGCGACGUACGCCGCAUUGCAUCACCUCGGAAAGACAGGGGUGGCCGAUCUAAUUCAACGGUGUUGUUCCCACGCUCAAAGUCUGCUCGUCCAAAUUGGAGCCCUGCCAGGAGCGGAGCUGGUAUGGAAGUCCUCGGUGAACCGAGGAUUGGUGCGCUUUCUGGACCGGAGGGCCGAUACGACUUUGGCAGAUCACAAUCGAUGGACGGAUACGUUGAUCUCAGCCGUUGCAGAAACAGGCGAAGCGUUUUUCAGCGGUACUACCUGGAGAGGACAACGCUGUAUGCGUGUCUCCGUACUCAAUUGGCAGACAGAUGAAGAUGAUGUUUCCCGAGCUGUCGCCGCAAUCGGACGAAUACUUGAACAAGGACAUGCUAUGCCGGACGGCACUUAG